AUGAAGGUCAACAUCUGCAUCGUGGCCGCGCUGGCCUUGGUGGUGUGCGCCCUCGCCGUGGACGCCACCUCGAGCCAGAAGAAGAAGCAGGUCAUCAUCGAUACCGACGCCAACACCGACGAUGCGAUCGCCAUCCUGUGGCUGCUCAAGCGGACCGAUAUCGACAUCAAGGCCAUCACCGUCGUCGGCACCGGCUGGGCCUCGCUCUCCUCCGGCCUCACCAACAUCUUCAACAUGCUUGCCUUCAUGGGCCGCAACGACAUCCCCGUGACCUGGGGCGGCGGCUACGCGCUCUACGACAUCAAGCACAACAUCUACGGCUGCACCUACGCCAAGACCAUUCCCAACGCUCCCGGCGGCAGGCAGUGGGCAGACACCCUCGUGGGCCUCGCCCACUGUUUCCCCAAGGCCGGCCCGGGCCGCUACUACAACCCGAACGCACCGGGCGCCGUGGACCUCAUGGUGCAGGUGCUCAACUCGACCCGCGACAAGGUGGACAUCCUCGCGCUGGGUCCGGCCACCAACGUGGCCGACCUGCUGAGCGCACACCCGUGGGCCAAGGUCCGCAUCGGCCGUGUGGUCUUCUCGGGCGGCGCCGUCUACGUCGGCGGCAACAUCUUCACCAACGUGCCCAACACCUACGCCGAGUACAACGCGCUCGGCGACCCCGAUGCCCUGGCCGCCGUGGCCACGUCCGGCGUCAGCCUGGUCCUCGUGCCGCUCGACGCCACGGGCCAGCUGAUCGUCAACCAGACCUAUCUUGACCGCCUCGGCGUCAACCAGUACACGAGCGAGGCCGCCUGGGUCUACUCGCUGCUGCGCACCCUGCAGACCCAGAUGGGCUCCGUCUUCAACACCUACAGCCUGUGGGACCCCUACGCGGCCGCUGUUCUGGUCGACCAGAGCCGGUACGCCGACACCGUGAACAAGAUCAAGAUCACCGUCGUCACGCAGGACCUCAACGCCAGCGAGGUGGGCCGCACCAAGCCCGACAGCCGCAACGGCAGCAGUGUGUCGGUGGUGCUGCGUCCCGACGACGUGGUCUUCGACGACCUGAUCUACUAUCUCGCCCUGGAGGACAACUCGUCGCCCUCGCCCCGCUGCACCGAGUCUGCCAACGGCGGCUGGUAUGCCUGGAACUGA